UGUCAUAGCAAUUUAGUUCCUCAAGGAAGUACAACUCAACAUUAUCUUAAGACAGUGUGGCAGGAACAGAGGCGCUGCAGGAGGGCUGCUGCUGCCGCUGCCACUCUUUUCUGGGUUCCGGUUCUGGUGAAGAUGGAGGGAUCGGUUUAAAUCCAACGGCCUGAGCUGUCAACCCGGAGCAGAGGGAGAGAGAGAGAGAGAGGCACAGCCGAGGAGGGAGGGGGACCCAGCACACACUCUCUGACACACACACACACAGACACACAAAAAGGCAGACAUGGCCGACUUCAGUACCAAGGACAUGGCCUUGAAGGUGCAGAAGAAGCUCCUCAGCUCCAUGGCCAGCAAGAGCUCGGUGCAGAUGUUCAUCGACGACACCACCAGCGAGAUCCUGGACGAACUCUACCGCAUCUCCAAGGAGUACUCGGGAAACAAGUCGGAGGCUCAGAAGGUUAUCAAGGACCUGAUCAAGAUCGCGGUGAAGAUCGGCCUCCUGUUCCGGAACAACCGGUUCAGCACCGAUGAGCUGAAAGUCGCACAGGACUUCAAGAAGAAGCUGCACCAGGGCGCGAUGACGGCGGUCAGCUUCUACGAGGUGGAUUACACCUUCGACAAAGCGGUGAUGGCCGACCUCCUGACGAACUGCAGGGACCUGCUGCUGAAGCUGGUCAACACUCACCUCACCCCCAAGUCCCACGGCCGCAUCAACCACGUCUUCAACCAUUACUCCGACCCGGAGCUGCUGACCAAACUGUACGACCCCGACGGGCCCUUCCGACCCAACCUCACCAGGAUCUGCAAAGGACUCGACAAACUGGUGGAGGAAGGCACAAUAUGACCGGGGAGCAGUCAGACACUGGGAGGCCUAGAGGCAGACACUGAAGACUGAGCUGCUGGACAAGUCAUCAUGAAUAUAAAACAUAUAUAAACACUGCUGCUGAGGACCGGCAGCGAAAAGACGAGCUCUUCCAGAACAACGGGGGAUCAAAAUAAAAGGUGGUUCAGUCAUCCCUCAGUGUUUUAAAGUUUAGAGGAGACAUAUC